AGCAUUUUGACAUUUCAACGAAAAAUUCUCAGCUGCUUAAAAAUAUACAAUCCGUGAGAAGAAAUCGCUUUCACCAACAAAACAACAUUCAUAAACUCAAAAUUUAAACAAUUUUUACUCCCAGGUUUUACUAAAAAAUAUCAAAAUAACUUCUCAAAGUGAAAUGACGCCCAAACUAAAAUUCGCCGAAGGCGAAAAAGUAUUAUGCUUCCAUGGACCACUUAUUUACGAAGCCAAAGCCCUUAAAAGUACAAUUACUAAAGAUAAGCAAAUAAAGUACUACAUUCACUAUGCCGGAUGGAACAAAAAUUGGGAUGAAUGGGUGCCAGAGAACCGUGUGCUAAAGUACAAUGAAGCAAAUGUUCAACGCCAAAAAGAGGUAUAUAAACAACAUUCGAAUGCAGCUGGAAAAAAUAAAAAGAGUACACCAAAGGGUAAAAAAGGCGAAGGAGCUGGUGCCACCUCAAAAGACGGUACUGCUAGUGGCAGCAGUGAAUCGCGCGCUUCCACUCCAUCAAAAGAUUUAAACACAACCCCCUUGGCAGCACCAUCAACUUCGGGAAGAGGUAAUCGCUCGAAACCAACAACUAGUACACCGGUCGCUAAAGAUAGUGAUGUCAGCGCAAAGGAUGAUUCUACCGCCGCUGCUGCAAGUAAUAAAGACGAAACAACCAAAGAUGAGCCUCCCAAAAAGAAGCGUGGAGGAUCAACUUCAAACGCAAGUGACAAAUCUAAUGGUAGCGGAGCGGGUACAAGUAGUAAUGCAAUAACAACGCCUGCGGCUACUGGCACAAGCAUUGGAAGUGCAGGCUCAUCACAUCAAAAUCGUUUGGACUCGUGUGUGGAAAAUGAAGAAUCAUUCCUUUCCAAAGUGGAGGUUAAAAUAAAAAUACCAGACGAGCUUAAGCAAUGCCUCGCCGAUGAUUGGGAUGCUAUUACACGCCAGCACAAACUGCUCGACAUUCCUGCAAAGAUUACAGUUCAGGAUAUUGUCGAUCAAUAUAUUGCCUUUAAGAAAACAUCAAAAUCGACGAACGCUUCCAAGGAAGUAGCAAUUAACGAUGUGCUAAAUGGUGUUGUUGAAUAUUUUAAUGUUAUGAUAGGUUCACAGUUGCUCUAUAAAUUUGAACGGCCCCAAUAUGCGGAAAUAUUGCAACAACAUCCCGAAACACCACUUUCCAAGCUUUAUGGGGGAUUUCAUCUGCUACGUCUAUUCGUUAAACUUGGAUCAAUGCUUGGAUUCUCCGCAUUAGAUGAAAAAUCAAUGCAGAUGCUAUUAGUGCAUCUUCACGACUUUCUCAAAUUCCUUGUGAAGAAUAGUGCCACUUAUUUCAGCAUGACUAAUUUUGUCAAUGUUAGUCCAGAGUACCAUCGAAAUACUCAAUGAUUUUAAAUCUGCUGCGGAUUUGGGAGUUGUGCCAAUGGAUAUGUCACUUUUAUAAAAUAAACUGUUGCUUGGAUUCGUCAGUUAACAAAAGGA